CCGCCAUGGCCUCGGGGGGCCCGGCCGCCCGCGCCGCCGAGGAGCCGCCGCCGCCCGAGCCGCCGGCGGAGCAGAAGCCGCCGCCGCCGCCGCCGCCCGCGCAGCAGGAGUUCUCCUUCCUGCCGCUCGUCCACGACAUCAUCAAAUGCAUGGACAGAGACAGCCAGGAUGUUCACCAGGUGCUGAAUGAGCUCAAGAACAAGUUCCAGGAGACGAGGAAGCUGAUCAGCUCCAUGCCUGGCAUCGGGGUGAGCCCCGAGCAGCAGCAGCAGCAGCUGCAGAGCCUGCGGGAGCAGGUCCGGACCAAAAACGAACUGCUGCAGAAAUACAAGAGCCUUUGCAUGUUUGAAAUCCCCAAGGAGUAGGAAGGGCUCAGCUCUGCUCUCCAGCUCCGGAUACCUCCUCCACUGUCUGAAGAGGAGAGAAAAAUCUGGCAGAAGUUUACUUUUCCUGUCUUUCAUGCUUUUUUGGUGGCUGUGAAGUUGUGUGUGUGUGGAUGCCAGGCACGUGGCCCUGACCAGGAACACUCCGUGCCUCACGUGUGAUGUUACAGCGGCACAUUCCCUUUGAGUGGCUAUAGGACUGAGCCUUUAUGUACAUGUCUUCUCUCUCCUCUUGGGGUGGGGUUUUUAUUUUUUCAUCCAAACAAGCAGGAGAUGAGAUGUUUUCUUCUUGCCAAGCGUCAAAGUACCUGCUGGUUAACUUUAAGAAGGAAAAAAGGUGUUUUCUGCAAUUGUUUUCACUUCUGAAACAAAUGGACAGACGUCAAAAGGGAGCGUAAGAGGGAAGCACAAGCUCUUUGGCACUGCCUCUGGAAGGGGUCUCUGGGGCACCUUCUAGCCUGUGUGUGUCAAAAGAGGAACAAUUGCUUUCAGUUACUUCUGUAUGUCUCUCUCCUUUUGGUCUGUCUGAGUAAAGAUUUAGAAAUUCCAAA